AUGGCUACAAAAGGCUAUUCGGUCUUCUUACACCUUCCCACUGGAGCUGGCAAGAGCUUGGCUUACCAAGCACCCGCUCUUUUGACUGCAGUUACUCAAACAACACUUGUAGUGUCUCCACUCAUUGCUUUGAUGCAUGACCAAGUUGCUGCGUUGAAACGCAAAGGAAUUGAUGCAAUUCAGAUUUCAGGCAGUGAAAAAAGCUCAGCAGUGCCUUUGCGUCAACUUUUGACUGGACAGCGACUCGUUUACACGACGCCAGAGUUCUUACAGAUGAACGGAGAAAUGAGUAGCUGGGUGCGGACAGCAGUAAAGGAACAUCGACUGGCGCGAAUUGUACUGGAUGAAGCCCAUUGUGUAUUGGAGUGGGGAAAUACGUUUCGACCGUUGUAUUUGCAGCUAAGCCAGUGGAAGACGCGGUUCCUCAGUGAAGUGCCAAUCACACUGGCAACAGCGUCUGUUUCGGAUGAAGAUAUCGUCAGGUUGGCGGAGCUCUUUCACUUGCAGCUGCUUCCAGCCGACCCUAGUGACGAUGAAAGAAGAAGAAAAGGAUGGAGUUUGAAGCGACCUCGUCACAGUCAGUUGGUCCUUAUUCAGCAAGUCGUGGAUCGUGAGAAUUUGCGGGUGGAAGUUGUGCGGAAGAACCCGAGCGUUGCGCAGUGGAUAGCAAACAGGGUCGGUAGGAAUACUACUAUAGUUUACUGCAUGACACGGCAAGAAGCGGAGGAAGCGUGCUUAGCUCUUGUACGCAUUGGAUGCCAUGCUGGUGUAUAUCAUGGUGGUCUUCCGCGAAAGCGUCGCGAGUUUGUUCGUAAGCAAUGGAUGAUGGGUGAAUUAACCAUCAUAUGCGCCACCAGUGCGUUUGGAAUGGGGAUUGAUCGCUCAGACGUGCGCUUUGUGAUCCACCACUCGAUUCCAUUGUCUCUAUCCGCAUAUUCCCAACAAAUUGGACGAAGUGGUCGGGAUGGAAAGCUCGCAAUCUGUGUUUUGCUAUAUUCAGAAGCAGACAAGAGCCGAGCGGAUGCAUUGAUAACUGACACAUUCGAAUUUGACGACACAGGGUCAGGUGCAAUGUCAAAUGGUAGUUCUCGGAGAGAGCUGGACGACGUCACUGCUUUCUGCGAAAUGACCGUUGGCUGUCGUAAGGAGUUGUUAUACUCACACUUUGGUUUCGAAUUCGAUGCUUCUCGGUGUGUUCGUAAUUGCAACUGUGGCAUGCCACUUGAAGAUGACACUGAGUCCUGGCAUGACGACGAGAUCAGUAGUGCCGAACACAAGCGUAAGGGGAUAAACGAGAGUAACACGGAAGACAAUCUCUCCAAAGGAGCUAUUGAGUACCAGUAUCAAAAGAUUCUAGCAGAAUGUAGGAGGUUGAAGCUUCCAAAGCGGGAAGCGCUGUCACGCCGUCUUAUAAGGGAUGUUCUUGUGGCUAAGCCUUCGUCUGAAGAAGAAAUGUCGGGUAUGCGAGGCAUCGGACCAGCAAAAGCUUGUCGAUACUUUCGACUUUUCUCGCUUUGA